GUGUGUCUCCUUGCUGUAAGUAACUCUUCCUGUUGUGUCAGUGUACAUGUCUUGCAGUCAGCAGCCGGCACUUGGCUGCCUUGUUGGAGGGGAUUUGCAAAGGAGACCCUCUUGCUGUGCUGGAAGGCAGACUCCUAUUUUCUUCGGUAUAUUGCAUUCCUGCAGAGUACCGGACCUGGGCGAGGUGGUCUAAAUCUAUCUUGCCUCCCCCCCGCCCCCCCCUCUCGCUUCCCAAAACCUCUCCCCCGCCCCCGACCCCAACCAGGGGAAGAUUGGACAGGACCGGUCAACAGUAGUGAAGGUUGUCUUCUUAGCUGCAACUGGGCUGCGGGAAUUUUGUCCCCUACGGCAGGAUUUUAGCACCUCCGUCAGGAACUGUGCAAAAACAAAAACUGCACUGACAAGCAGAAACUCCUGGCUCAAAACAGCAACUCAACAACUCCUGCCCAACACGCAAGAUCGAGCAGCCAAAACAGGACGCUGCAGGCAAAUUGCCCAGCAGUUUGCAAGCCGCUUGGAAGUAGUUCGUUGACAGUAGAAGGAUCAAAAAUCCCGAAGGAAGAUAGUUAUGGAUUCCAACAACACAGGUGGAGUGAUCACUUACAUUGGACCAAACAGUACCUCUUCAAGUCCAGUACUGUUGUACAGUGAUAAUUCCAACAGCAGUUUCCAGUCUGUGUCUCAAUCAUGUUCCCCAUUACCACCAUCACCCAACAGUUCUGGCUCCCAGGAUGGCAAACACUACAAGAGUAACUCUUCAGGAUCCGGAGAGGAUUGUCCAACCAUCGGGCCAUUCAGCAACCUGAAGCUUUCCACUGAUGAUGGGAACACCAUUUCCACCACAAAAAAUAGCUCCAGCAUUACCAAAAUCAGUGGAAUGAUUCUGCUGUGUAAAGUGUGUGGUGAUGUAGCCUCUGGUUUCCAUUAUGGAGUGCAUGCCUGUGAAGGUUGUAAGGGCUUCUUCAGGAGGAGUAUUCAGCAGAACAUCCAGUACAAGAAGUGCCUCAAGAAUGAGAACUGCACUAUCAUGCGAAUCAACAGGAACCGUUGUCAGCAGUGUCGCUUCAAGAAGUGUCUUGCUGUUGGCAUGUCCAGGGAUGCUGUGCGUUUUGGGCGCAUUCCCAAGAGGGAGAAGCAGCGGAUGCUGGCAGAAAUGCAGAGUGCCAUGAAUAAUAUGGUGAACAACCAGCUGAAUGGGGAGCUACAGAAUGAUAUCCAGCCCCAGCAGCAGAACUGGCAACACCAGCCUCCACUGGCAGCUCCUGUCCACCCACCUCAGCAGGAGCGGUCAUCCCCCAGUCUCCAUCCCCAGCAACAACACAACCCACAGCAGUUAUACUGUCCCAGCACUGAAGCCUCAAUGGAAGAAGUCAUCUAUUCUAUUUCCAGGGCACAUAAGGAGACCUUCACUUAUGCCCAUGACAAGUUAAAGCAGACAAGCACUGUCUGCCGACACAACAGUGAACUGAUGAACCACAAUGCCAAUUGCUGCCUGAAUGGGUACCACGUCAAUGGGAUGAACACCAUCUAUCAUCAGGAGAACAACAUUUUCCAUAAAACCAAUAACAGUGGACUGAAGAAGAUGUGCUAUCCAUCUUCUUUCUCAAAUGGUCACACUAAUGGACACAUUAGUGGACAUUACCAAAACCAGAUCAACGGAAACAAAUUACACACUAGAAACUCGUAUAGUGCCAAUGACGAGAUAGAGACUGGCAAUGGGAGGACCUGCCCAUGGAAAGGAGCAAACAGUGUUAUCCUGGCCUGCCCGAUGAACAUUCGGCCGCAUGUAGAUGGCAAUCGGUCAGUGCAACAGAUCUGGGAGGACUUUUCCUUGAGUUUCACACCAGCUGUCAAAGAAGUGGUCGAGUUUGCGAAACUUAUUCCGGGUUUCAAGGACCUGUCCCAGCACGACCAGGUCAUUCUGCUGAAAGCCGGCACUUUCGAGGUUCUGAUGGUGAGAUUUGCAUCACUGUUUAACAUGAAGGAACAGACUGUCACUUUUAUCAGUGGAACCACCUACUCCAUCGAAGAACUGCGGGGCAUGAGGAUGGGAGACCUGCUCAACUCUAUGUUUGACUUCAGUGAGAAGCUGAGCUCCCUGCACCUCAGUGAGGAAGAGCUGGGUCUCUUCACUGCCGUUGUACUGGUCUCUGCAGAUCGUUCAGGAAUCGAAAACGUCGGCUCAGUGGAGCAGCUUCAGGAGACUCUCAUCCGAGUCCUGCGAGCUCUGGUAAUGAAGAACUAUCCCAAUGAGGCUUCGCGUUUCACCAAACUCCUCCUGAAACUGCCCGACCUCCGCACUUUGAACAACAUGCACUCGGAGAAAUUGUUGGCCUUUCGGAUAGAUCCCUGAAUCUCCGGCCAAAUCGCAGCCACACCAGACUUGUCUCUGUGACAUUUUUAGAGCAUUUUUUUAAUUUAUAUUUCAAUGAACGUUUGGGUAACAUAUUGCAUCUUGUAAAAAUGUGUAUAUUUCAGCUGUCAAGGAAGUGUAAUAUAUUCUUCUAAGGAAUGUUCUACAAAUUAAUAGAUUUAAAUGUCCUCUGGGGCUGAGGAUAUAUCUGCAAAAUGAUCUUGUUGGUGGAACUCACCACGAGGAUAUCUGCUUGCUGUUUUGGAGUACUGUCUAAAAGGCAGUUGAAGAAGUGAGCAGGCAAUGAUCUGUAGUGCCCUCUGAUCUGUUGCCUCUCUCAAUGUCCUCCUUGACUAACUACAUGUCUACAUUUCAAUGUCCGAACCCAUAUCAAAACCCAGCCUCACACUCUCGUUAAACGUGUUUAUCCCAUUUAGCAACUGAAGCAGAGCAGGUGACAUCACUUCUUCUUGAAGUUUUGGCUGGUCUCUGAUGGAGGGUGAAAGGUGAGGGGUUGACUGAUGGCCUGAGCAUGAUGUUCCCCAUUUUCAGCUUCAGCACCAGAGGGCAGCAGCUGAAGCCCAUCUCAUCCGUUGCAUUUUGUUCCUUUGUUGAACAGAAAUGAUGUUUCACCUCACUUUGUGGAACAGCCUGGGGCCUCAAACUGCUCCAGACAUUGUAUAAGAAGCAAGCAAGCUGAUCAAACUCAAGGCGUGACGUGCGUCCCUUGAAACCUGCGUUGAAACGACAGGAGCUGGCUGAGAGGAGAUUGCUGCAUGUUUUGUGGUUUACUUGUAUUUGAGACCUCUACUGAAGAUUCAACAGAUCAGCUGUCAUUCUCUACUCGCCCUCUCCCUGCCACGCACACAUGAGCUCAAGAGGUGAGGAGACCCACCCGUGGUCUGCUGAAUCAGUUGGCCAAGGUGCCUACAACUGGGCGAGGGAAGCUGGUGGAGGAGGUGGGUGGCUUAAGGAGGAAAGCGAUCAAGAGUUUCUAUCUCUGUUGGAAAAUACAUGUUGAGUAUUGGGGGUAGUUUAAAUAUUUUGAUAAGUCGAAAAGCUCAAGCAUUGCUGAAGAGAACGCUGUUGAGAUUUUCCAUCAUGCAAACAUCAGGAUAGACACAAGAAUGCCAAAUUUCUAAGGGAACAACUAUUUGUAUUGUGUGAGAAAAGAGUCCUGAUUGGCUGGCAAAUAGGUUCUGAUUGGUCAUGAUGUUGCCAAGACGAAUCCACUCGCGAACUGAAGCUGGUCUGAGUAGUUCUGAGGAAGGGUCACUGGGCCCUAAGCAUUAAUUCUGCUUUCUCUCCACAGAUGCUGCCAGACCUGCUGAGUUUUUCCUGCAGUUUCUGAUUUCCAGCUUCCAGUUCUUUGUUUGUUUUCUUCCCAUGAGAGGACUAUUGUCCCUGACGCUUCUGUUGAAUUGAUAAAAUUGUUGCCACAGACUGAUAUCUGUAAAAUCCUCCAGCUUUGUUAUCUGAACAUGAUGAUCAAGUUGUUGUUGGCUGCUUCUUCUCAAAACAGUGCUCUGGGAUCUCUCACACCCACCUGAACACACCGGUGAGGCCUCACUUAAAUGUUGCAGGUGAGCGAUUGCACCUCCAACAUUGCAGGGCUCCCUGAGUACUGCACUGGAGUACCAGCCUUCCUUUUUAUUUCCCUCACACCCUGGAGUGGGUCUUGAACCCGGUCCAUUGGCUCAGAGGUAAGUUCUAGCAACUGAGCCAAGCCUGACAUUGGAUAUGACUUUACUCCUUUAAAGUUUGACAUUCUUGCAUCUGUCAUAAUGAGAGCGAGAUGAGAAAUUUUGACGGCAUCUCAGCAUGUUCAGCAAGGUUUAGAUCAGAACACCGACUGACGCUCCCUAUCCAGGUUCCCUUUGGGUCUCCAACUGAAGGAUAGUGUCCAUGGAACCAUCUCCCAGCAGCAUCAGGGCAAGGAGCUGCGUGAAAACUGAAGUAUUUUGAACUCUUAACAGAAAAAAUCCAUAAACUUGUGUGGCCGCUGCAGCAGGGCAGAACCUGCUUUCAAUAAAUAAAUUUACUGCAUCUGUCUCGAUAUAGUUCAAUAAUUGAUGUGUAUUGUGAAUUCAGAUGAAAUCAUUAACAGUUUCUCAGAAUAAAAGAAUGA